AUGAAAGAUGAAACAGGCAAAUGUGAAUAUUUUGGGCAUGAGGAAACAAUAUAACAUGUUAUUCUAUACUGCCAUGAACAUUUGAGACAGCUAUUUGGAAGGAAAGAGGACAUUUAUAUAUAGUAGGUACUCUGCAAAGUAAGUCAAGUGAGUGUCAUCAAGUACUAUUUAAAACUAAAUAUCCCAGCCCACACUCCGCACCAGGUGGUGGCGGUAAUGCAUCAAAUAGAUGUUUGCCAACUGCAAAUAAAGAAGGAGAAGAAGACGAAGAAGAGGAUCUCAGAGCAACAUAGCGCCGAUCAGUAGGUUAACCAAGCGAUAACGUUAUAACGCAGUUUUAUGCAGGAAACGUGUCUGUGAUUCAGUGAAGAUGUCUAAAGUCCAAAUGCUGAGAUGUUUAGUGAAGCAGCGACUCACUGAGGCUGCGGAAGAGAUAUUUGGGCUGUUUGAAAGAACAAUAGCAGAGUACGAGGAGGAAGUUUCUAGAUUAAAAGAGGACAACGAGCGACUGAAGAAAUAUCUGCACGCUGUUUUCAACCCUGAAGUCCGCAUCCAAAGAGCAGACCUCCAGCAGCUGUUUGUGCUCAGAGAAGACCAGCAGGCGAACCAAGAGCCCUCCCACAUCAAUGAGGAACAGCUUCAAGGGCUUGAGGAGGCUGACAUGACGGCCUCAUUUGAUCUUUUGAAGAGUGAAGAUGAUGAAGACGUCCAGUCCACACAGCUUCAUUGGGGAGAAACUGGGGACUCUCCUGAACCUGGGAAUGAGGACCGUGAUGAUUGGAAUGAGAGCAGAGAAGAUUUCAACUCUCAUAAGAAUGGCGACGAUUCCGUCAGUUAUUCAGGAUGUGGAAAAAGCGGGAAACCUUUCAGCUGCUCACAGUGUGGUAAAUGUUUCACUUAUAGUGGAGCGCUGAAGUCACACAUGAGAUGUCACACAGGGGAGAAACCUUUUAACUGUUUAGAUUGUGGUAAAUGUUUCGGUACAAAGGGAAAUCUGAAGAUACACAUGAGAUGUCACACAGGGGAGAAACCUUUCAGCUGCCUAAAUUGUGGUAAAAGUUUCACUAUAAUUACAAAUCUGAAGCAACACCUGAUAUGUCACACAGGAGAGAAACCUUUCAGAUGCUUAGAUUGCGGUAAACGUUUCAAUAAAAAUGGAAAUCUGAAGACACACAUGAGACGUCACACAGGGGAGAAACCGUGUGGGAAAGGCUUUAGUCAUGGUGGACUGCGGAAAGUCCACAUGAAAACUCACAGCUCUUUUACCAAAUAACCCUCUCCUGGUUACAUCACCAUUUCCUGGUGUGAGUUUUGAAUAUCUGCAGAAGUAUAUUGAUGGACAGAUAUUGAUAUCUAUGUUGAUGAUAUCUUUCUAAUUGAAACAAAUCUACGGCACACUGUUUAUUCAAGUUUUUUAAAAGUUUAUUCAUGUUACGUUGCCCACUGUUAAUAUUGUAACGUUACCCAGCCUUUGAUAACAUACAGUAAAACUUGUAUUUCAACUUACAGUAUCAACUUAUUACUGCAGAUUUCUGCAAACAGUAUCCUUGUGUAAAUUGUUUUGCAUACUACUGUGCAGAAUUGCAGAAAAUAAAAUACCAG